AUAUUUUGAUAUUUGUGACGCAGUUCGGUAUAUUUCUGAGGGUCAGAAAAAAGAGAAAAAUAUAAAGUCAAAUCAAAUGCGCAUAGCUGAAAUAAAUCAACGUUUCUCAUCAAAUCAAUCAGCAUCCAAAGCCAAGAAACAACAAAACAUAUUUAAAUAAAGCGAAGCAUAUACAAAUUGCAUUUAGAGCAAGAGCAUUAGUCGCUUGUCACCUGUGUGCUGUGGGUGUGUGUGUGUGUGUGUUUGUGUGGGUGCGUGCGUUGUGUGCUGCGCGUGUGUUUGUGUGUGCUUUGUUCUAUAAGAGCCGCUGGUGUGUGGAAAUGGCGAAGAAAACCUACGAUUUGCUCUUUAAACUGUUGCUAAUUGGCGAUUCGGGUGUUGGCAAGACCUGCAUAUUAUUCCGUUUCUCCGAUGAUGCCUUCACCUCCACCUUUAUAUCCACCAUAGGAAUUGAUUUCAAAAUCAAAACCGUGGAACUGAGGGGCAAAAAGAUCAAACUACAGAUAUGGGACACGGCCGGCCAGGAGAGAUUCCACACAAUAACCACCUCCUACUAUCGCGGGGCGAUGGGCAUCAUGCUAGUCUAUGACAUAACGAACGAAAAGAGUUUCGAGAAUAUCGUCAAAUGGCUACGGAACAUAGACGAGCAUGCCAACGAGGAUGUCGAGAAGAUGAUACUGGGCAACAAAUGCGAUAUGACGGACAAGCGUGUGGUGAACAAAGAGCGCGGCGAGGCGAUUGCCCGCGAGCACGGCAUAAGGUUCAUGGAAACAUCCGCCAAGUCGAACACCAACAUUGAGCGUGCUUUUUGCGAGCUUGCCGAGGCCAUAUUGGAUAAGACAUCUGGAAAGGAGGCGGCCGAGAAUCCUGAGCGCGUCGUCAUCGAUCGCCGGAAUAAUGACAAGGCCCCGGGCUACAGCAAAUGCUGUGCGUAAAACGGGGACGAGUGGCCCUGAGGCCGGCCCGUUGGUCAAGGCUCUCUCUGCCGUGGCCGUGGCGGUGGCGGUGGCGUGUGUUUAGCUGUGUGACGCGAGACGAGAUAUUGGGGGUUUGCGGAUCGGUUUUUGAAACUGCUCCACACGCAAAUGAAGCAAUAAACGUAAACACACACAGACCGGGGUAGAUGGAGACGAGAGAAAUUACUUACUACAAGAAGAUAUGCAGAAGGAAAAGCAAGCAAACAAACAAUAGAAACAGUAACAGAAACAACCUACCUAAAGUUUAAACAAUUUGUAACAACGAACAUUUGGAAGAAACUUUACAAUCCGUA